AUGGAGGAGAAACGCAAAUCAGCUUGGCAGGCGGUGUGGGCGUUGACCGACGCCAAGGGAGAGCGCGGCGUGGGCGUGAAGAAGGGCAAGGCCCAACACCACGCGCACCACCUCAAGACCGGCCGCUGGAAGCUGGUCGUGUGGAGUGACGACGUGCGAGCAGGCAAGGGGCCGUGCAGCAUCACCGCCGACGUGCAGCUCUUCGGUGCCAAUAGUUCCGUCGAGGUGAAGAAGGCCGGAUUCAAGGCCAAGCUCAACUUCGUCGUGGCCGAGGAGGGCGACAAUCUGCCCGCUCGCGCGGCCAUCACAAUCUCGUGCGGUGCCCUGGUCAAGAAGGUGAAGGUGUUCGCCGUUCUGGCCUUUAUGGAGGGCCUAAAGGACGAAAGCAAGUUUGAGCCGGAGGACGCGCUGUGGGACACCUCGAAGCUGUCGCCCGCACAAAAGGCUCAUGUGGCCUCGGUCCUCGCAGAGUGGCCCCUGCUCGAAGGCCAAACCCCACUUACGUUCGACAACAGCCGGGCGAUCAAGGAGCUGGCGCGCGAUAGCGAGUUCAAGCAGAUGGCCUAUGAGCAGGGCAUGAUCCGACCAUUCCUACUCCUGGCCUCCAUGCACCCCAAGCGCCGCGCCAUCUGGGCCAGGACGCUGGACCUCGACCUCCUGCGCAAGCCCUUCUUUGGAGAUUCUCACGCGGAGGCCUGGUUCAUCAUCGAUAAGGACAGGGCGGGCAUCCAGGCGCGCUCCAAUCUGGCCUUCAAGGAGAGUCUCAACCCGUUUGCGCGCAGCUGCAACUGGUACGAGAUCGUGGAGAGAGUGACUCGCAAGGCCUUCAACAAGGACAAGAACAUCGAUGAGGCCAUGCACAAACAAAUCAAAGAGGCCAAGAAGACCUACAAGCAAACCAUCGGACCCUGUCAGGACCCGACCGAUCACACCGUGCCACGCAUGGAGGAACUAUUCAUGCGUGCCUUCAGCCGGGUGAUGUUGGGCAGCUUCCCCGAACAGCAGAGACAGGUGAUUGACCAGUUGAUGGACCAGGAUGACGCCAAGGAGCUUGUGGAGCGUAUGCUCGCGGCCGGAUGGACUGAUAACGCACUCAUCCGCUUCACCGUAGCCCAGGCAAUCCAAGGAUCAGCCAAGGGCGCGCUUCACUUUGUCAAAAAGAUGGAGACCGGCGCGAGUGAUGCCUUCAAGAUUGGGCUGCCUGCUGUGAUGCUGUUCAUCUCGCCAAUCCCUGCGAUCCCUGCGGUCAUGUUGGUGCGCAACACAUUGGGCGCCAUCUGGGGCAGCACACCUGGGCGCCUCAUUCCCUCGCUCAUUGGCAUCCUGGGUCAGCGGUCCUGGCUGAGCCUUGCUGGUAUACGCAUUGAGGACUAUUACCCUUCCCUGACUGCCUAA